AAUACGAGAGGAAAGCCAAAGAAAGAGUCAUAGUCAGAGACAGAGAGAUAGUAGGGUUGGGUUUACUGAGUGGGAUCGCCGAGUUGGGUUUGCGGGCGUGUGUGUGAGACCAACCCACAACAAAAAAAGAAACACAGGGCGGGGGGUGAGUUUUGGGGUUUGGAUAGGGGGACGUGGAAACGGUGGAAUUAGCAAAAAAAUGGUGAACAAGAAGAUUAUUAGUCCUCUACCUCCUCUCUCUUUCCUCUCUUUCUUUUUCCUCUCAUCAUUCUUUACCCAAAUUUCUCUAACCCUAAAACACUCUCUAUCUCGAUCCCUAUCCCCGCCGAUACCAAAUACCACCAUAUUUUCUCACGCCCGGCCCAAUUCAAUUCUCUCAUCUUUCUCUUUCCCUUUUUAUCUAUUACUCUCUCCUCUCGCUGUUGCUUCGUUUCUCUUCCGGGUUUCUUCUCUGUCGCGGUUUUCGUUUUCGUGGUCCAAGACUGACAAGCAUUGCCAAAGUUGCUGGAGUACGGUGUUAUUAUUUUUGUUUUUCGCUUGGAAGUUGUGACACCACAAGAAGCGAGCAAUAAUUGUUUCAUUUCCUAUCAUGGAUGAAUUUAGUGGUUCUCAGUUUAAUGGUAUCAUCAAUCCUGUAAGGAAGAAAAGGACUCAAACUUCACGCAGACCUCGGCUCGAGCCACAGCCGCUGGAUGGAGAUCAUAAUAAUUCACAUUUUUCUCCAAAUGCACUUUCAGAUGAUGUAAGCAAGGUCUCUAGUGAUGAUAAUGCCAAUGGAGAUACUGAUUAUACGAGGAAAGAGUUUGAUCUCAAUCCAUGUGUGUCCAGGGUUCCUUUUGGUGCUGGACCUGAAAGCGAAAAUCUCAAUGAGAAUAAUAAAAGAGAUGGAGGAUUCAAUUCAUUUUACAAUAAUGAGCAUGCCCGAAGUGGAUUUAAUAAAAAGCGUAGUAGUGAAGGUGUACUUGCCCCUGCUAACUGGAAAAGCACUAGCAAGUUGAAGGAUGGGUUGGAAUUAGAGUUAAGAAGUGUGGAUGCAAAUGGUGGAAGGAAUGGUGAAGGUCUGAUUUCAGGAAAGGCUGGAGUCUUACCACAUAGAUCGGCAAUUGAGAAAAAGGUUAAAAAGGUCAAGCUUAAGGUUGGUGGCGUCACACAUACAAUUCAAGCAAACGCCACUUCUAAUGGUGCCAUAGGGUGCGGGUCUUCUGCUAAGAGUUCUCGAUCUAUAGAUGCCUCAAGACCAUGGCAGAAGCAGAAUCUUCAGGGAAAUUUGGACGAUAACCAAUCUCCCAUAGCUAAGAGGAGUGGCUUACAAGGAAUUCCAUGGAAUAAUUUAUCAAGAGGUGGUUGUCUUGGGAAGAGCACAUAUAUUAAGGAAGGAGAAGAAUUAGAAUCAGUGCGUAAGGGCAAGCGAGUCACUAAGAGGCGUGUUCUUGAUGAGGAAUUUGGUGGUGAUGAUGAGGAUGACGAGAUUCGGUACCUAGAGAAGCUUAAAACUUCGAUGUCAAACAAAGGAUCUAAAGAAGAUAAUGACGAAUCAGUCAAGAAACAUCGUAAACUUUCUGGGUUAUCUAAUAAGCAAAAUGGUGGGUCAUUAAGGUUAAGCAAAGGUGGCAAGAGGUCCAGAUUGGAUAGAGAAUCUGAGGGCAGACAAUUAGAAGAAGAGUCAGGGUCUGAUGGGGAACUUGAAGGUAAGAAAAAGAAGAAACAAAUGAAGGAAUCAGUUGAUUCCUUAAUUGAUAAUAGGAGGGAAAUUACUCUUACAACGCGUCAACGGGCCCUUCAGUCUAGCAAAGAUGCAGCAACUGGCAAAAGUUUCAUAGAGUUUCCAAAUGGACUGCCACCUGCUCCACCAAGAAAGCAGAAGGAGAAACUUUCAGAACUAGAGCAGCAACUAAAGAAAGCUGAGGCUGCUCAGAGACGGAGGAUGCAGGUUGAGAAGGCUGCUCGGGAAUCUGAGGCCGAGGCUAUUAGAAAAAUUCUUGGUCAAGAUUCUAGCCGGAAAAAGCGGGAAGACAAAUUGAAGAAGCGCAACGAAGAAUUGGCGAAGGAGAAGGCUGCCAAUGCUAUGGUGCUUGCAUCUAACACCAUCAGAUGGGUAAUGCGACCUACUGGGACGGUGGUGACAUUCUCCGAGAAUGUGGGUCUCCCUACUAUUUUCGACUCCAAACCUCACAGUUAUCCUCCUCCACGUGAAAACUGUGUGGGUCCAUCUUGUAAUAACCCAUUCAGGUACAGAGAUUCCAGAUCUAAGCUUCCUCUUUGCAGCCUCCAGUGUUACAAGGCAAUCCGGGAAAAGAUGUUAGCUGAAAAUUCACCUGCUAAUGUUGCUAAGUAAAUAUCACUUUCUAGCCCUCAAUGCAUGCAUGCACGCACGUAUAUCUUGUACUCAGGGAUUGGUGAAAGAAAGCUUAUAUUCUUGAGCUUAAUGUAGAUAGAGAAAUACAAGGUAUUUUUCUUUCUUGAAAAAUUUUCGGUUGCUGUAACUAUGCAGCAGCAGCUAUAUUAUAAUUAUUUUUUGACAAAACAUUAAAAUUUUUGACAUCUUAGAGGUGAUUUUAUCCACACACAAUGUGAUAUGUCAUUUUUGUCUUUCUAUUUAAACAUAUAUUUAGACAUCAAUGUGUGUGUUUAAGUAUAAGAGUAAAAAUGAUAAAUCA